AUAUAAUAGUUAAGUAAUAUAUCAACAUCAAAGAGUGAACCGGUUUAAAAACCGUGGAAGAAUUAUUUAAAACAGCCAGGAAUAGAGAGCGCUGCAAAGAUCUGACUGCCAACCUCCAAUGAUGGACAGGCACUAUAAGAAGAAGAAGUAAUAAUAUAUGCGCAUAUUGCUAACAACUGAUUAAAGUCAAGGUUUCCUAAUUUAGAUUAUGCGAAAGGUUACCUCCUUACUGUUACUGUCACUCAUACAUAAUAUUAUAGUCAUCCUACCUGCACACAAUAUACCUACUUACUGAAGUACUGAAAUAAAGCCCUAUUUUGUCGUUACAAGGUUUAUAAUGAAAUAAUGAAAAUACCUAUAACCGCGACUGAAGAAGUUACAAGGGUAAAGGUAAGCAGGUUACCAUAGGAUAAGGAUAUUGUUAGAUCGAUGGUAGGGCGGCAGUAACUUGAAACUGCGACCAGCGACGGACUUCCAUAUUGUGCCAAACUAUUUUCAGCCUCAAAAUGAAUGACAGUGAAAUUGAGUCUCUCAGAAAUGAACUGGAAUACGAAAAACGUUGUAGAGAAACUGCAUCAUGGCAAAACGGGCACUUAGAGAAGCAAAUAGUGAACCUUCAAGAGGACCUGCGGAGACCAGACUACUCCUGGGACGGGGACGAAGAGCUGGAGAAGGAGAGCGACCGCCACAGGAACCUUCUGGAAGCCAUCGAGUCUCUGCGCAAAGAGCUGCCGAUAUUGAAGGACAAAAUCAGGAACGCCAAGAUUUGUGGGCCUGACUGCAGGCUGAAACAUGAUGACCUCAACAUUAAUUUGGAUAUCUUAACGCCCUCGGAGCUUCUUCGCACAGUGAAGAGGUUCGAGCGCAUCAAGACCGACCUGAUCAGCACGCUGCGCAGCAAGGAGUGGCGCCUCGACUCCGAGUCCAAGUUGUUCGUGCGAGUGAAUGACCAGCGGACGUACCUGCACAACGAGCUGAUGAUCUGCCAGAACAACAUCAUGCGGCUGCAGAGGAACGCGCCCUUCGGACAUUACAAUGUUGCCCGUAGGAGUGACGAGAGAGUCUUGGACCCAAAGCGAGGCCCCAUAAAGAAGAUAUUCGGGGAGAAACUUGCACCGAUCUCCACAUAAAUUAUAUAAGAGCUGUUACAUGAUGUUAUAGUGGAAGUUGUGACCAAAAU